AUGACACAGGCAGAGGUUGAUGAUACAUUAAAACGAAUUCAAGAACACAAAGGUGUUCAAGGUUAUUUAAUUAUUAAUAAUGAUGGUAUUCCAAUUCGUUCAAAUUUGGACGCAUCAUUAACUCAACAAUAUGCAGCACUAAUAAAAUCUUUGUCUGAUAAAGCUCGUUCGACCAUUCGCGAAAUCGAUCCAUCAAAUGAACUUGUCUUUUUUCGUAUGCGUACAAAAAAACAUGAAAUUCUUGUUGCUCCUGAAAAAGAAUACACAAUGAUCGUCUUACAAGCAACUGAUGUUCAAUAG